UAUUGUUUUUAUUACUUAAAUUCUUUUCAUUAUUUAUUAUUUUGAAGAUGGUAAUAUCAAAAGCUUCUGUGUUAAAAGAUAUCUUGAUAUAUGAAUGAAAAGUUUCUUUCACUUUUUUAAACUAGAGACCUUUCUUAAUAUGUAUAGUUUAAUGUCAAUUAAAAGAUACGUUUUUCAUGUACAUGAUUAUCUUGUAGAGUUAUUAUUAUCCAAACAAUAUAAUAUCUCUACUUGCAAAUGUCUAUAAUACCUAGAGGCUCGUAAUCGGGAGUGGCAAUGGCGAAAGGUGUAUAUUAAUUUGUCAUAUAUAUGUAUAUCAAAGAUUCGUUUAUAUAUUUGCACUAGGUGAUAACAAAGUUAAUGAGUCCUAACACUUGGACGUCGAUAUAGCCAUGGAAGUGGCUUAGAGAUUCGUCUAAUUGAAUCUCUCAAAUAUAUGACCUGAUGAGAAUGUGGUAUCCACUCUCCCGUCACGCCUUCGUCUCUUUUUAUUCUGUCAUCGCUAAACGAAAUACGCGCUAUUUCGAGACAUGUUAUAACGAUGUCCGAGUGUGCACGUAGGCGAUGCGAGUAAAAAAAACGACCGCAAAUAAGAAUUAUAUGACAAACCUUGAAAACUCGAGUAAUCGCAUUCCGGAUGUUAAAAAUCAUGGGGGAAAAAAGAAUUUGACGUUACCCUACCAUUAAAUAUCUCGCCAUUGCUACAUGAAAAAUUGUUAGGUUGAAAAGUUGGUAGGUUGGAGAAGGCAGAGAUUAAGAACAUGGCGCAGAAAAUGCACUGAGAGUAUUCUCCUUUGCUUUGUGCUUACAGAUUUGUGCGUCGCCUCUCAAUCUCGGAUAAUUUGCGCACAACCGUCAUUGCUCAGCCCAGAACACGAGACUAGCAGACCAAAUUGGUUAUGAAACCUAAUCUAAUUAUCACUAGUCUGAUUUUUGGGGCUGAUUGUGCAAACAUUUGGAGGACGAUUUUAUCAUAGCAGCUUCUGGCACGGCGUUACGGUACUCCCGUGUGUAUUAAGAAAGAUAUUCCACAAUACGAAUAAGAAUAAUGCGCCCGCAUCAAUGCGACUAAUAGAAGUUUUACUAGCCUAGGGCAAUAGGUCGUCCAGCUGUCUCCGUGAAAUACAUCAGAGUUCUUACCAGGCCCCAUAUAUGAUCUCAAUCAAAUAGGGCAAGUUGUUGCUGGACCUGGCGCUAAAUAUCUGACAUUGCCUGGAAUAUUAGGAGCUGGGCUUCCGAAAAUUUCAUCCGAGCAACAAGACACGGUGAACAGGGCAAAGAAGUAUGCAAUGGAACAAAGCAUUAAGAUGGUCCUCAUGAAGCAGACAUUGGCCCAUCAACAACAGCAAAUGGCUAGUCAACGGAAUCAAGUGCAAAGACAGCAGGCUCUCGCUCUCAUGUGCAGGGUUUAUGUGGGCAGCAUCAGUUUUGAACUGAAAGAAGACACAAUCAGGCAAGCUUUCUUGCCGUUUGGACCGAUCAAAUCCAUCAAUAUGUCUUGGGAUCCCGUUACGCAGAAGCACAAGGGCUUCGCCUUUGUCGAAUACGAGAUACCCGAAGCCGCGCAACUUGCUUUGGAGCAAAUGAAUGGUGUCAUGAUCGGUGGCCGCAACAUCAAGGUCGUGGGACGUCCGUCCAAUAUGCCACAGGCGCAAUCAGUGAUUGAUGAAAUCACUGAGGAGAGCAAGCAUUACAAUCGCAUUUACAUCGCGUCGAUACACCAAGAUCUGACGGAAGAUGACAUCAAGUCAGUUUUCGAAGCAUUCGGACCGAUCACAUACUGUAAACUUGCCCAAGGUAGUUCACCACAUCGUCACAAAGGCUAUGGUUUCAUAGAAUAUGAGACAAUGCAGGCUGCGUUGGAAGCCAUCGCCUCCAUGAACUUAUUCGAUCUGGGCGGCCAGUACCUGAGAGUGGGAAGAGCUAUAACGCCACCGAACGCACUCAUGGGACCACCUAGUGGUACCAGCAUGAUGCCGACUGCGGCAGCGGUGGCUGCAGCGGCCGCAACGGCGAAGAUUCAAGCAAUGGAUGCGGUUGCUAGUAACGCAGUCGCGUUAGGACUUACUAAACUUGGAGCUACCGCACCACCAAUCCUCAAUCAAACGCUUCCUGGCGUGGUACGACCUACCAUAGCACCCGCAACAAUAAUGGCACCACCGACGGUGGCAACGGUAGCGCCAGUGAUACCUCCACCCGGCAUAGCCAUACCGCAAACUUUAACGCGACCGCCUGCUAUUAUACAACCAAUUCCCGGUCAACCAGUCGUUAUACCACCGCCCGCUGUAGUUGCACCUACAAUUGUUGGCACACCAGUUAUACCAGUUACGACAACCGCAAAUUCCGACAUUAUGAGGCGAGCGCAAGAACAAGCGGCUCAUCAAAAACAACAGGAAGAAUUGCAAAAGAAACUUCUAGAGGAAACGGAACCACAGACGUUGCAACAACAGGAGAAUAUGUCGAUCAAAGGCCAGAGUGCGCGACAUCUCGUGAUGCAGAAACUUAUGCGUAAAGUUGAAUCCAGAGUUGUUAUUUUAAGAAAUAUGGUAGCACCAGAAGAUGUGGACGAGACCCUGCAGGAAGAGAUUCAAGAUGAGUGCUCCAAAUUUGGUGUGGUCGUACGAGUUAUUAUUUAUAAGGAGAGACAGUCUGAGGAUGAUGAGAACGCGGAAGUCAUCGUAAAAAUAUUCGUCGAAUUCGCCGAGAUGAACGAAGCGGAACGCGCAAGAGAUUCGCUAAACGGUCGUUAUUUCGGCGGACGACUAGUGAAAGGAGAGCUAUAUGAUCAAGCUCUGUUCGAUAAUAGUGAUUUUUCUGGUUGAUGUGUAAGAUGUCUCUCAUUUAAUAUAUAAGUUUUUUUUUUAUCAAUUAAAUUCGUAUAAGAAACAAAAUUUAACGUUGAUUGAUGGCUUGAUCUUCGUUGUUCAAGUUACUAUUUAUAA